GGCCACAAAAUGCCUCCUCAUUCCCUGCACAUUGAGAAAGAUGAUUUUCUCCUGCUUCUUCUAUAUUAGGGGGAAAGGUGAGGCAAUCUCUGUUCAGUGGGAGUGGCGCGUUGCCCUUUGGCAGGCAGACUUUGUCCUCCUUCAUUGCAGCAGAUGCAGGAAAUAUUCUCACAACAUCUGCGGAAAGAAAGGCAGAGCUUCUUUUGCUGGGUUCCCUCUACAAAGGGUCUGGCUUGGCCGGCUGCAGAGGGUGAAGAUGCUGCGCCACUUACUUUCCACGCUCCAGGAGGGCUUGUCUCUCCCCAUGGUUCUGGUGUUCCUGGCUACCUUCCUGCUCCUUGCCGACUACCUGAAAGGGAAGCGUCCCAGGGGGUAUCCUCCGGGGCCCAGGCCUCUCCCUUUCCUGGGGAAUCUUCUGCAUUUUAGUGAGAAGACACCUCUUUCUGAUAUGCAGAAGCUUAGAGAAAAAUAUGGCGACGUCCUCAGCCUGCAGCUCGGAAGCAUGCAGUUUGUGGUUGUGAGUGGGCUGCCGCUGGUGAAGGAAGUCCUUGUCCAUCAGGGUGAAAAUUUUGUAGAUCGUCCAGAAUUGCCUUUUACACGUGAAGUCUUUGGGUCAUUAGGACUGAUCUCUUCUAAUGGGCAUAUCUGGAAGCAGCAAAGGCGGUUUGCCUUAUCCACGUUGAGAAACUUUGGUUUGGGCAAGAGAAGCUUAGAAGAACGAAUCCAGGAGGAGAGCAGAUACCUAACUGAUGCCAUUGAAGAGCAGAAAGGGCAACCAUUUGACCCUCAUUUCCAGAUUAAUAAUGCAGUUUCAAAUAUCAUCUGCUCCAUCAUUUUUGGGGACCGCUUUGAGUAUUCUGAUAAUAAGUUCCAGAAGCUCUUGCACUUGAUUGAUAAUACAGCAGACCUUCAAAGAAGUAUUUGGAUCCAGGAGUCCUGCUUGCCUGAUACUUGGGGUUUGUCCCCACACCUCCUUCUCUUGAUGGCAAACAUCGUUUUGUCUGCAGCCAGAGUCCAUGCGGAAAUCGAUUCGGUGAUUGGGCAGUCGCGACAGCUGGCAAUGGAGGACCGGGAUCGCCUGCCCUACACCAACGCAGUCAUUCACGAAGUCCAGAGGAUCAGCAACAUUCUGCCUCUAAAUGUGCCCCGCGUGGCCACAAGGGACACGACCCUGGCCGGGUUUCACCUGCCCAAAGGAACCAUCCUGAUGACCAACCUGACCUCCGUGCUGCAUGACAAGGAUGAGUGGGAAACCCCCGGUGUGUUCAAUCCCGGCCAUUUCCUUAAGAACGGCCAGUUCAGGAAAAGGGAAGCGUUCAUCCCGUUCUCUACAGGGAAGCGAUCGUGUCUCGGAGAGCUGCUGGCCAGGACGGAGCUUUUCCUUUUCUUCACUGCUCUAAUGCAGAAGUUCACUUUCCAGCCUCCGGAGAACAUGACGUUAAGCCUCGACUUCAGGGUGGGCUUUACAUUGACUCCUCAGCCUUACCGGAUACACGCGUUCUCUCGCUGAGGGAAGCCACAUGAUCCUUGGUCGGAUAUCAAUAUUUUCUGCCUUUCUGUUCUUGGGGGCCAUUGAGGAAGAAAUUGCAGCCACGGUCCCUUGUGAUGCUUUGCCUCAUUGCAAUGCCUGGAUGGGGAAUUGUUGUGCAUGAUUAAUUUCAUGGGACUGGCGGGUUGGGGAAGAAUCCAGACUUCUCUAGCAGAUAUUCUGUCUGUGUCAUUCUCCGGGAGGAAAUAGAGCAUCAACAAAUUGCUGCAAAAGAGGAACUUCAAGCCACUGAAAGCCCCAUUUUUCUGGUCCGUCACAACAGAGAUACGCAAUACUGAGACGCUCAGGCAGGAGAGCUCUGUCUUCCUGCACCAAACUCAGUCCAGCACAAUCUCAGUCCCGUUCAAGAUAGUCGAGACCAAGACUUGUUGAGGGUAAUCAGGAACUUCUUUGUAGCAUCCUUGCAUUGGGAAGUUAUAAAGUUCUUUGCUUUAAAGCUGGCUUUCAUGAUUGCUUCAUCCAAAAAUGAUUGCUAUUCCAAUAUUAUUCACAGGAGCCUCACUGAGAGUGUCUUACCUGUAAAAGCAUUAUAUCAACUCAUAAAAUGUACAGAAUAUAUAUCUUCAUCCUAAUAUGAAUCCCUUGGA